GGGAAAAUGACUGCUUACGGUGCAAUCAUCGUGCCACUGAAAGAGCUACCCUGCAAGAUGCACAAUUAUUUUGAAGAAAUGGAUCCUUCACCGCCUGCCGUGUACAUUCCAGUGAAGCCGCCACUCCCUCAAAUAACGAUCACUCCGAAGAUUUUGGGGCCGUUUGAGAGUCUUCUUCGAUGCAGCGGUCUCGAUCUGAGCAGAUCAUCUGUGACGGCGAGCGGGAGCUGGGCCAAAAGCAUUUUUAUAACCACCCUCUGUACACUGGUCUGCUUGGUGAUGUUUCUCAAGUGCAUCACCCUGGCCAUGGAGUCCGUGAAGCCGAUGACUCUCGAGUGGGUUAUCAGCUGUGUAUGGUGCUUCAUGGCCAUUCAUGGCUUCGCAUCGGCCGUCUGCGUGGCUUCGUGGACGAGAACGGGGCUCUUGCCCACAUUGCAAGAGAUGCUGGCCAGGAUCCAAACUCAAAGGGGUUCCAUGACCACUUGUUGCGAUACAUCUGCUGUUUAUCGACGAAUCUUUAUAUUUGGUCCAAUCUUUAUUGGUACUUGGAUAUUAGCUUCUUUGAAAGGCGUGUUCUACGAUGGGAAAAACCAUAACGAAACAUCACCUUUCUCAAUCAGUUACCCAAUCACCGUGGACACGAUGUUCGGAGUGGAGCCCCUCGUCUAUCUGAUGUUAGCUUUCUCGUCAACAUUAGCGCUAAUAGUGCACGUGCUCGUUUUUGUGCACGUGAACCACGAAUGGACGUCUUACAAUGAAGAACUUGCGAACGCCUCAAAAACGAGGCAGCUCACCGUACCGGAUGUGCUGGAUUCUUUCAGUAGCAGACAGUCAGAACUCAUAAAAAUGACGAAAUUUGUGAGUAAAAUGAUGGGUUUAUUUGUCACUCUUUCCACCGUAUUCGCCUCCAUUACGGCUAUUGAUGGGCUCUACUUCUUAGCUGGAUUUGAAAAUCUCUCUAUCGUGAUGCGGAUAAUGGCACUCUUGUGGAUGAACAUUGCGAUAGCAAUCAUUCUCAUAAGUCUGAAACAACCUGCUAACACUCAGUAUGAGAUCAACAACACUGCCCAGAUAUUGUUGGCAGAUAAUCUCCUACAACAUACGAACGAGGAUAGGUGCUGGAGGACGUGUCGAUCGAUGAUGGAUCGAGCGCAUCACAGCUCUGCGAAAAUGUACUUCGCACAAGCUUUCGGCAUCGACGAAUAUUUUCCACACAAGAUGCUUUUUAUUGUGCCAAACAUCGGAACUCUUCUGGUCAUGGUCAAGAAGAUGGGUCUUGUGUGAUAUGUACAAAACAUGUAAUUUAUAAGAAUAAAUACAUUUAUAUA